GUCAACGUUGUCAACAAAUACCUAACCUACAAAAUUUUCUGUAUUCCAUAUCUUUUUUUUCCAAAUUUUCACUAAAUUUCAUUAAAUCGUGAAUAAAAAAAUGGAAAAUCCCAGUGGAGAACCGGUCCUGCUCGACAAAGAAGAUCUCCUAAAACGACAACGGCAAGAAAAAAAAGAACUACAAAACAAAAUCCAGGGUAUGAAAAAAAGUAUCCCCAAAGGAGACAAACAGAAGAAAAAGGAGAUUACCGAAGAAAUUUCGCGGCUAGAAAAGGAACUUGACAAUAGACACAAUGAAGAGCUAAACGGCUUUAAAGAAAUCGAAGCUGAUAACUGUAUAGAACCUACCGCAGAAGAGCCAGAAGAUGAUGAAGUGCAGAUAGAUAAAACAGCUCCGAAAAUGUCCAGGGCCCAAAAGCGGCGCAAUAAAAAAGAAAGCGAGGCGAAGGAGAGGGAGAAACGCAUUCAGGAGCAAGCUGAAAAAAACAGAGAGGGCCCCCGGUUUGUUGAAAUGACAUCAAUCAAAAAUUCUUUAAAAGAAAUUGAUCUUCAAAUUCAUAACAUCCCUGCCGAUGGUAACUGUUUGUAUUUGGCAGUUAAACAUCAACUAACAGUCAGUGGUAGGCCUAGCUAUAGUGUCACUGAACUAAGGAAAAAAACCGCUAAUUACAUGAGGGAACAUAAGGAUGAUUUUCUACCAUUUAUGUACAAUGAAGAUGAUGAUUCUGAGAUGAGUGAAGAAGGGUUUGAGAGCUACUGUAAGGAAGUGGAAAAAACGAAACUAUGGGGGGGUCAACUGGAACUAAAAGCCUUGUCAAACAUUAUAGGAUGCCCUAUAAAAGUGAUACAAGCAAAUGGCCCUCCAACAGUUCAAGGGGAAACCUUUAAAGGACCAGAACUUAUUUUAACAUAUCAUAGGCAUUUGUACAGGUUGGGUGAACAUUACAAUUCUACACUGCCACUAGUAGAUGAAGAAAAUGAUGUAUGAUUGUGGCAUUCUUGUUGUCAUCAUGUAAAAUUUAUUUGAAUUGAGCAGUGUGAGAUUGAUGUGUUUUUGGAUGAAAAUGGAGAUAAAGCCUGAAUAUCAGUGUAAUUAUUUCAUUUCAUCUCUUAUCGUUUGUUGACCCAUUUUAAAUUUUGAUGUUAUCUUAGUUAAGAAAUAAGAAAAAAGGUGGAUUCAGA